AGUAGGGGACAGAACCAACAGUGAAAGUUGGAGUUUCCUACUAGUCCUCCCUACCCAAACUAUCGCAGAGCCCUGACAGUUAAUAACAAAUUGAGUGUUUUCCUGCAGCAGAAAAAAACCUCGGGAGCGGGGCCAAGAGCAACACCCCCACGCCCCGCCGAGGGCACGGGCGCCCCUCAGGCCGGUGGGUUCGGACCCGGAAACGUUUCCGCUUCUCUCCGCUCCGGCCCCGCCCAGGCUCCGCCCCCGGCCCCGCCCGGCGGCUCGGGAGCGCGCGCGCGCGCGUGCGGGAGGGGGCGGGUGGGGAAGAUCGCCGGCGAGAUCCCGAGGCGAGGCUCGCGCGCCCGCCCCCGCCCCGGCCCCCAGCGCCCACCCGGUCGGCCCGGCCCAGCCAUGAUCAAGGCGAUCCUCAUCUUCAACAACCACGGGAAGCCGCGGCUUUCGAAGUUCUACCAGCCCUACAGUGAAGAUACACAACAGCAAAUCAUCAGGGAGACUUUCCAUUUGGUAUCUAAGAGAGAUGAAAAUGUUUGUAAUUUCCUAGAAGGAGGAUUAUUAAUUGGAGGAUCUGACAACAAACUGAUUUAUAGACAUUAUGCAACGUUAUAUUUUGUCUUCUGUGUGGAUUCUUCAGAAAGUGAACUUGGAAUUUUAGAUCUAAUUCAAGUAUUCGUAGAAACAUUAGACAAAUGUUUUGAAAAUGUCUGUGAACUGGAUUUGAUUUUCCACGUAGACAAGGUUCACAAUAUUCUUGCAGAAAUGGUGAUGGGGGGAAUGGUAUUGGAGACCAACAUGAAUGAGAUUGUUACGCAAAUUGAUGCACAAAAUAAACUGGAGAAAUCUGAGGCUGGCUUAGCGGGAGCUCCAGCCCGUGCUGUAUCAGCUGUAAAGAAUAUGAAUCUUCCUGAGAUCCCAAGAAAUAUUAACAUUGGUGACAUCAGUAUAAAAGUGCCAAACCUGCCCUCUUUUAAAUAAAAAAUUUAAAAGGCCACUCCCAGGUAAAAUCCAGGGGGAAAAGUCAUCUAAGUUUACCAUGCAGUUGUUUACCAAAAAUAGAGGAGGAGAGUAUUAAGUUUUGCUCUUGGAUUUAAGUCAAGGUACUGUAUAGAAAGUGUGUAAAAUCAGUAUGGAAGUUCAGUGUUGCUUUUCUUGCUCAGUGAUUUUAAAAAAAUUGAGUAAUUCCUGUGUGAUUUUUUUUUUUUUUUCUUUUCUAAACUGCAUUCCUAUGGCCACCUAAGGCAUGCCUCUAUGUAUUGGCUACUACAGUAUUUCAGAAAGUGUUUGAGAUAUUUCUUUAAUUAUGUACAACCCAAAUGUUGGUGUUUUGUAUGGAUCACAAGUGCAGCAUUCCUUAAUUCAUUCUGUUAUUUGUUACACAAUUGUUAUUUAAAAAAACCAAGUAUGUAUUGCAUGAAAACAUUAUGACCUUUUUCUCUUAGUUUAAAUAAAACUCCAAGGUAACUGGACUUCUAAAGCACUUUUCUGUUUGCCUGAUAUCUACUUUAGCAAUAAUUUUUUUUUACAACCCUCUGAUUCAACAAAGUAAAUAAAGUAUAUUUUAUCACUGUUAA